UUAUUAGUUUAUUAGUUUAAAAGUGAAUUAUAAAUUAUAAAAUAUUAUUAUUGGUAAAUUCAUAUCAUAUAUUUUAUUAUAUUUGAAAAAUUUAUUUUAUUUCUUUUCACAUUGCACAAAAAGAUAUAAAAUAUAUAUAAUAUAUGUAUAAAAUAAAUACAUUUUAUUAAUGAUUUGUAUAUUAAAUAUGUUAUUUCGAGUAAAUGCAUGGAAUAAGAGAAAUACUUAAAAAAGUAAUAAUUAUAAGAAAUUUUCAUUUUAAAUUGGUUUACUUUAUUAACAAUUUGAUAAAAAUUAAAACAAUAUUAAUAAUAUUUAAGUAUUUGCGCAGAAAUAAAUCGACUUUAACCGAAAUUUAACGCUUCAAGUUGCUGGCACAGGUUAAGAGUUAGAGUGGGGGGUAUCACAGGCACUACGUUGGGCGUAUAUGAAUACGUCCACGAGAGAUGCCGUCGUUUCGUGUUUCGAGUUUUUGCACAACAGCCGUGGGCCAAGCAACAACGCACUCGCGCUCAAGUCAAAUCACAUUCUUCAAGAAAGAUUCGAAGUUCUAUACUGAUUAUUACAAAACUGAAUUACUGCAGUCUCUGUUUCUCUCAAUGGUUUUAGCCUAACCUCUUCUAUUGCAAACUACAGUGGAACAUGACAAAAGGUGGCAUCACUGGGGAUGUGUUGGAAGCACGGACAGAGCUGUGCUCAUUGAUAUGACGCCAUUUUACUAACCUUUUCGGCGCGGAUCGCGACGAUCCACUUAAGGUGCUCCACUUCGUACCACUUCAAGAGCGUUCAAUUUUAUCGUUUACAUUUUAUAAACUACGUACGCUCUUUCGUAAUUCCAAGAGAUUCGUUCAAGCCGGAUUUUACCGGAAGGUAUGCAACCCUCGUUGCACUGGGAUCAUUCUUAUGUGCAACAAAAGCUUACAGCAAUACUUUUUUGCUGAAAUUUGUUACUACGGCAUCCUGGCUUCGUGUGUACUUUCAUUCGUCUUAUUUUGACACUAAUUUCGUCGUAGUAAACUGUUUUUGUGGGAACUUUGGGGCUGUGUCAUCGUGGAGUGAUGAUCACUGCGAAAGGCUUCUUGCAUGUCAUACCAUGUGCUCAAUUUUGUAAUACCCUUAUCAGAGGUAAUAUCACUGUAGCCAAGCAGUGUUAUUAUGGAAGAUGAAGAUGGUGAAAGUAAAGUUAUGGAUAUGUGGAGCAUUUUGGGAAAACAACAACUUAAAGAUACUUCUAUUGGAAAUUCACUGAAGUCAUCUAUUGACAACACAUACACUGAUGUAAUAGAAGAAGAAAAGCAAUUAUUGCAAUAUAAUUCUAUUACAACCAAAGAUUCUCCAAGCAAAAAUAACAGUACAGGAUCAAAAAUUGUGUUUAAAGGUUUUAAAAAGCGUAUUUUGGCACAAGCUCAAGAAACACAAACAAAUACAUUAAAAAAUAUAGUGCAAGAACAACAAUCACCGCAUUCUAAUGUCUCAUCCAAGAGUAGUAAAGAAAAAAGGGCAGAAAUCAAACGAGGCAAAAUAACAGAAUAUGCACAAUAUUUGGGUCUUCAACCUUCAUCAAAAAAUAAGUGUUCAAAGUGUCAAUCAUCAUCAAAUUUGUGUUCUGCAUUAAAACAAAGUUCGUGUUCUUGCAAUUCCACAAUGACGCCAAUGCCCAGCACAUCAGAAUCAUCUACAGUGCCACAUUCUCCCAAUUUUAAAAUUACAAGAAAAGUUUAUCUUUGUGCAGCAUGUGGCACAUAUUUUGAAAAUUGGAAUUUAUUUUUACAUAUGAGAGAUAUACAUAAACGUCAUAUAUGUUUAUUUUGCCUUGGAAUGUUUGGUCAAGCUGAAAGAUUAUCACAUCAUUUAAUAAAAAAACAUAGUGUUCCAGAAAUGGCGUUUACAUCUGUUGAAGAUUUUUAUGGUGCUUUCAAAGGAUCGUGUUAUUUAGUUUGUUGCACAUGUGAGAAAGUUUUUUCAGAAACAGAUAAUUUUUAUAAUCAUUUUUGUUCACCAACAUCUAAACAAGAUAUUACUACAUCUAUAUGCACAUUAUGUAGACAAACAGGUUCACAUGCAAGUACUUGCAGUUUAGCUGUUGAAACUAAUAAAGAAAUAAAUUCUGAUUUACCACCUACUACACAAACAGGGGUAAUAUCAACUAAUGUAUUUGAUAAGGAUGUAAAUAGUGAAAAUAAGACUGUCCCAAGGAAAUUAAUAAAAAAUAAUAGAUCUAAACACAUGGAAGAUAAUAUGUCAAAUCAACAAAAAAUAACUCAUCCAAAAAAGACCAAUAACAAAGUUGCUGUAUCUCAGUCAAAUGAGAGCCAAAUAACUGAUGAAACAUUAAACAGGGAUGAGAAUUCUCAGAAUUUAAUAACACAAAAUAUAGCUAAAGAUACUAUUUCAGAAACUAUAAUGGAAGUCUCAAAAUAUAUUGAAGAAUCUAAUGAGGAAAAGGAAGAAACAAAUGAGAAAAAGAUUUUUCAAAGUAAUUCAGAACUAAAUUCUACUAAUUCACCCAGCCAUAAUAUGCCAUAUGAUAGUGUAACAGAAACUAUUAUGGAAGUAUCACGAUGUACAAAUAAUGUAGAAAAUCUUGAUGAUAAAAAUAAAAAAGAAAAUAUAAAAGAUGAAGUUAAUUCAUUGAAUGCAUCUGAUAAAUCAGAAAUGGAUUCUAAUGAAAUAGCUAAACUUGAUACAAAAUCUUUAAGCUCAACUGAAGAAACUAAUACUAAGAUAAAUGAUAUAAAUUCUAUAAAUCAAGAAGUGGAAGAAAAUAUAGUGAAAGACAAAAUGGAAGAAACUAUAUUAAAAACAGAAGAUUUUCAAUCUCAUAUAUCUGAAAGUCCUGUGCAUAGUCCAGUUAGUAGAUCAUUAUUUAGUCCUCAACAUGAAUCAAAUGUAUCUGAUCUUCAGUCCAAAGAAAAAAUUUAUGAAAAUGAUAACAAAGAAAAUUUUGAUGCACCUAAUGAAUCUCAGUCUUCAGUAUCAUUCAAUACCAGUGAAACUUCUGAUAGAAGUUUGGUUAUAAAAAUAUGUACUAAUAAAAAUUCUCAAUUUUCUGUUGCAACUAAUAAUGAUAGUGUAGAAAAUGAUAUUAAUAGAAAAUCAGAAGAAAAUAAUAAUGCAGAAUGUUCAUUAACAGAAGAAAAGGAAUCUAAAAUUUUUGAAGAGGAAAGAGAUAAUAGUAAUAACUAUCAAGUGAAUGAUGAAGACAGCGAUUCUGAUAGUUUCAAAUUGGCAGUAGUAGAUAGUAAUCCUGAAGAAACUGAGGAAGUUGAAGAAAGUAAUGAAUGUAAAACAGAAACAGAAAUUAAAAUUGAAUCAAAUAUAAGUAUUGGAAAUAAUGAAAAUCAAAUUGAAAUUGGUGAAAAAACAAUUAAUAUAGAUACAAAUGGAAAACAAGAUGAAGACACAAAAGAUAACAAUCAAAAUCAGAUUGAGAUUUCAACACAAUCUCAAGUGCAGCCAAGUGAUGGAAUAAUUUUGGCUGGGGAGGAUGUUCCUUGCAUUGAUCUUAAUGUUGAUGGUACCUUAGAUAGUAUAGAGAUAGAAGAUUUAUUAAAACGUUGUAUAGAAGCAGCCAGUCCUUUUUGCGUUUAUUGUAAUCACGCACGUCAUAUAGCAGUCAAUGGUAAACAAUUAGGAUUACAUGUACUUGCAGAACAUAAAUUUCAACCUCAACAUCCUGCCAUAAUUAUUCAACCAGAGCAAUUUAUUAAUAGAGUAAAAAAGUCUCUUGAUGAAAUAGAUUCUCAUUUCUUUAAUUUAGAUUCUUAUAGUAGCACAAAUGGUACAUAUAAUAUUCCAAAUGUAAGGACAUAUGAAUGCUUUCAUUGUAGAUUCCAUUCUGCCAUACAUAAAGAACUUUAUCUACAUAACAGAAAGAUGCAUCAAAAGACAAUUUUAAUUUGUAUUAUGUGUAAAUCCACUUUUUAUAGUUAUAGUGAAUUACUUUGUCACUUAUGUCCUGGUACAUACUCUCCAAAUAUUAAUGUCAGAUACAGAUGUUGUCUUUGUCCUAUGGCAAAUCUUCCAUCUGCAUUUAGAUUAAUGGUACAUUUACGUAAGAGACAUCAUGCAUGUGAUGUUUGCUUAGAAUCUACUGGAAAUCAGCAACGUCUUUCCAAUCAUGUUUGGAAACAUAAACUUCAUCAUUUAUGCUAUAGAUGUGGUAUUGCAUAUAGAAACAAACCAGAUAUCACAAAACAUUUGUUUUGGAAGCAUGGAACAGAAAGUGUAUUAUGUAAAAAGUGUUUACAAAAAAAGUGGCCACAUAUUUAUCACUUUUGUAUACCACCUACAGCUUUUGUUUGUGAAGAAUGUGGUUCUAGUUUUUCACGAGCUGUUGCAUUGAAAGUGCAUAAAAGAUUACAUUCCGGAGAUCAUCCGUAUGCUUGUAGCGAAUGCUCCGAGCGUUUUAUUUCUCGAAAAUUGUUGACUAAACAUGAAAAUGCUCAUAAAGAACCACCACCAGUUAGUACAAAUUUGACGGAAUCAAUGAAUCAACAACCAGCGAAUAAUGAAGAAAAAUUAGAUAAAGAAAAAUUAGGUAUAAAUGAUGGCAAUACAAAUGUUUCUGAAUCAACGAAAGAAACUAAAGAACCUGUGAAAAAGGUUGUUGAUGUUUACGAUCUACCACCAUUGAACUUAUCUUCUGAAAGUGAUACAGAUUCUGAGGAAGAAAAGCAAGAGACUAAAGAAUCUGACAAUACUGAAAAAUUGAAACCAACCGAAGAAAAUGCAAUAUCUCCGGAUCAAUCAAAAAUCGUGACUUCUGAACCUGUUGCAGACAGUAUAGUAGAAGUUGAACAAAAUGAAGAAGAGAAAAAACAAGGGGCAGAAAUCAUGGAUGGUAUCUGGGAUAAUUUUAAAACAUAUGCUGCUAGUUUAGAAAUGAAAGAAUCAACCAAUAAUUUUGCAAUCAAAGAACAAGAACCAGAGACCGACGUAGCGUUUCUAAGAAGUAUAGUGUUGGCCGAUCACGAUUAUUGUGUCGUAUGGUCGGAUAAAGAAAAGGAAAAAGAUGCAGCGUCAAAAGCAAACGUCAAAGAAGAAGCAAACUUAAGCGGGGACCAAGAUUAUUUAAACAAAAUGCAAACAAGUCCAUUGGAUAAUAACGGGAUACAAAAUACUAACGAAGAAGAUCCGAAUAAGAAAAAAGCAAAAAGUCCGAAGAAAAAGAAACAAGGUGGAAGUACGUCAUCGAGUGAUUCAUCAAGCGACAGUGAUUCGAGUAGCUGUUCCUGUGGGACAAAUUGUAGCUGUAGUAGUUCAUCUUCCGGCAGUUCUUCUAGUUCUAGCAGUAGUUCUGAUUCGGAUAGCUCUACUUCGGAAGGUUCACCGAAAAAACAAUCUAAACGGAAAAAAGAAAAAGAAGGUACACAAGGGGCAGAAACUGAGCUUGAGAACAAGGAAAUUUCUCCAGAUAAGAAUGGAUCGACGUCAGUUCCUGCAGAACCAGUUUGUCCACCGCAACUUUUAUUGAGAGAAUCUGAUUUAGAAACCGAAGAAACGGAAACGGACGAGGACUUUUAUGACGAACAUCCGCAACAACUUGCGAAUAAAUUACUCGCGGAGAAACGAAAUCAAUUAAUGCUUCUUGCUGCAGUUGCUCCAGCUUCUACAGAAUCAACGAUGCCGUUGAAUAACGGUUUGACGGAUACGGAUAUUACGGUCCCUUCCCCGGACACGAUACCUGCCGCCACGGAGGAGGAUCAAUCCCAACAAAAGAAAAAAGUAAAAACAAAAAAACGAAAGAAAGGAGAAAAAGCAAAACAACGUAAUGAGACGCCAACUGUCGAAUCCAUUAAAUUAAACAUUCCUAAAGCUUUUUACCAAAAUAAUCCGGGUUACUCGGCUUCUUCGCCAGCGUUGAUGCAAUCAAAUAUAACGUCAAAUAUGUCUACGAACGAUGUGCAUGCUAUGAAUACAGGUGAAUCCCAAGCGGGGAUAAUAGGACAAAAUAUGGGAGGAAGUGGUUCAGAAGCAGAGAAUAAGCGAUCGUCGAAGCGGAAACGAAUACCGAAACGAUUUUACGGCGAUUCCAGCGACGACGAAGUAGAAAAACAACCCACAGUAAAGUGGAGAAAAGUAGACACACCUUCUUUCACGCCGGUAUCGACUGUAAAAACAUUGCCACCGAGAUUGCCUUUUGGCGGGAAAAAUAUGGCUUACCGACCGAUGGAAAAUCAGCCAGAGAAUGUAGGAGUCACUACUGCUUCUCCUACCGAAUCGGAAGAGCCCGCGGAUAGUAGCAGUGAUUCCAGCGAUUCUGAAGUAGAAUCCAGUCAACAGAUGCAGACUCAUUUGACGGAAAAUAACCCACCAGCACCAGAGCGACCGGUUAAUUUGUAUUGUUAUUGUCAGUGUCCGUACGACGAAGUGUCAGAAAUGAUAGCCUGUGAUGCCGAGGACUGUCGUAUCGAAUGGUUUCAUUUCGAAUGUGUCGGUAUUAUGGUGCCACCGAAAGGCAAAUGGUAUUGUCCAGACUGUCGGAAAAAACAUGGAAUCGUGCAAAACGAAGACUAUUUUGACUGAUAGCAGCAGGUCGUGUCUGCGUGUUGAAAUUUCUGUCUAGACAUUCUUGACAAUGGAUAUUCAAUUUUCUCUCUCUUACAUACAUAUAUUCGGCAUCUAUCUAUCUAUUCAUCUAUCAUCUAUCUAUUUAUCUAUCUAGCUAUCUAGCUAUCUAUAUUUCUCAGUCUUUUAAAACUUUUUUAAGUAACUUAACGAGGAUAUGUUCGAGAAUCGCUUCGAAUAUCGUUCAAAGUGUAAAAUAUUGUUUUAUGGUCUUUUAUUUAAUGGUUUGACGAAUUCUAGAGACUUGAAACGUUCCAAUAUUGCAAUUUUUUUAAGAUUAAAAUUAAAAACAUUAGGGUUUAAGCUUAACCCGCACUGAAGGAAUAUAUAAGAAAUAUAUAAUACAUCAUUGAAAUAUUGAAUUUGUAUUAAAUGUCUUUCUAUGCGAACAAAUAGUCAUAGCAAUUACGUUAUUUCUAAUUGGAGUUAAAAAUAUUUAUAAGAAAAAUUAUUGAAUAAUCAUGUAAAUGAAAUACAUUAUUUAUGAAUUAAAAAGAAAUCUUCUUUGAACAGAUUAAAAUCUUAGAAUAAGAUUAAAUUUUCUUAUUAUAAUUAACUAUUAUAAUAUUUUAAUAGAAAACAAAAAAUUGAAAGUUUUGUAAAAUUAACAUUCAUGUUAUUGUUGUACACAGCUUUAUAUAUAUUAUAUAUUAUAUAUAAUAUCGAGUUAUAUAUUAUAUAUAUAAUAUAUAUACAUAUAUAUAUAUAUAUAUAUAUAUAUAUUUUCCAUUAUGAAUUUGAAUUUUGCAGAAAAUUAAAAGUGUCAACUUCAACUUCGUUAAUCAAUUAUCUUUAUCAUUAUAAUUAAUCAUUUCGUUAAAAUAUUGUCUAUUAUUAUCGAUUUAAAUUAAUUUGAUUUAAAUAACUUAAUUAUUUAAAUAAUUUUUAAAUAUCUUCUCUAAAUUUUUUUUAGUAAUUAAAUAUUUUUUUUUAAUAUUCAAUAAUUAAUUAAUUAUUUCAUCCUUGCUAUGACUUUGUAAGUAUCUAGAUACAAAAAAUAAUCACAGAUUGCAUAUAAAUAAUUUUCAAGUCUCUUAAAAGGCAUUGUUAUUUUUCAAAUAUUUAUAUUUUUAGAAUUGCUUAUCGCUUUUCAAAAAUUGUUGCACGGUUAAGAGUAAUUUUAAUAGCAAUAAUCUUUGAUUAUAUAUUCGAAUAUGAAUUGACAGGAAAAAAAUUCUAGCAGAAGUGGGAGAGAAUUGAGUAGCCAUCGCUAUUCUCAGCGUUUUCUUUCUUUCUUCUUGGUAAACAAACGAAUCAUACAUACUGUUUCACAUUGAUAUUUUUCUUAAGCCGAUAUAACAACAACAACAACAACAACAACAACAAUAAUAAUAAUAAUAAUAAUAAUAAUAAUUACAAAAAAAAUGUUUGUAUAUAACUGUAAAUAUGCCUUAGAAUUUAUAACAAUGAAGUAAGGUUUUUUGUGUACAUUUGUUUGUACUUCUUUUAAAUGACAAAACAUGCGCGGUGUAUAAAUUUAGUGUAGCCGAUAGGCAAAGUAUAGCAUUAUAGAGCGAAAUUUUCUAGGCCACGUCGUAGAAUUCUUUAAGCCUAGUAUGUGAGGGGAGGGCUGUGUUUCAUCAUUUUCGAAAUCGUGAUGUCGCGGCUAAGGACUGUCGGCACUGCUGGCGGUGUCUAUGCCUCUUGUAAGACGAUCACUUCUUUUUUUUUUUUUCUUUUUUUUUUUUCGACGACCCACCAUUCUGUUCAUAAUCGUCUCGAAAUAUGUACGUGUAUUUCGCGAUUUCUUUGCAUUGUCUCGUUUAAAUCACCAUCUUUGUUCUCUUUCUUUGUUUUACCCUUUAUUUUUCUUUCUCUAAAUCGCCUGAAUUUUCUAAAAUUUUUAUAAUUACACAUCCGUUAUAAAACGUAUUCACUUAUUAAUUUCUAAUUUUUUUAUGAUCAUCAGUGGAAAAAUAAAUUUUCCAAUCUCUAUCAUUUUUUCAUUAUAUAUAUAUAUAUAUAAUAUAUAUAUAUAUGUUCCAUAUUUUUAGUUAUAAUGAAUCGGUUGAUAUUUUAUCGUUUCUCUAGUCUAGUUCUUACUUAUUCGUCGUAAUAUCACUUUCAAACAUUUAUAUACGAAAUAAUUGUACAACUUGUAGCACUUUAUCGAGAUCGAUUAACGAUAUAUGUGUAUUGAGCGCUAAUCUUUUUUUUUUUUUUUUUUCAAUUUCGAUACAAUAUUUUAAUUUAUCAAGAUUCCGGUGAAAUAUGAGUGUGCAAUGGAAUACGAGCGAAAAGAAAUUUCAUUUGUAAAGAUAAAAUUUACCGAUUAAUUUUGAUAACCUGUGUUUCGACUAUCGAGUUAUCAUAUUUAUUAAUUAAUUAUAUCAAAAUUAUUUUAUUCUACACGCGAAAUUGGCUGAAACUCACCAAAUUAUAGCCACAAUUGAAUCUUUGAAACAGGAAUAUAAGAGAAAUGAAUGGUCAAUCAAGAAUUAUUUUUUUAUAAUUUUAAUUCACCAUGUUGGACAAAAUUUGGUAAAAUCGAGCUAAUUCUGUCGCUGAUUUUUUUUUUUUUUCAUUCGACAUUUUAAGAAACAUGGAUAAAUACGUUAGUGUUCGUACAUGUUUAAUAGAACUCGCAUUACAUUAUAAUGAUAAUAAUAUUAGUAUGGUAAUGAUAAUUAAUGUUAAUGUGCCAGCAAUGCAAAAUACAGAUUAAUUAAUCAUCGUCAGCCCUCGUUUCCUCCGGAAAUUCAAUACCCAAGAUGUCCGUGAUGAAAUAUUUGUAAGAUAUCAUCUGUAUUGUAAAAUAAUAAUACAUUACUUUCGGCGAGCCUAAAUCAUUAUUUUCCUUUUUUCUGUACCAUUAAUGGCAAUUUAUUCAAGAUUUAUCUAUCUCUCUAUUGUUGUAUGAGCUUCUAUUGUAAAGCUGUAUAUAGUAUGAUUGAUGAUCAUACUUGUUUAGCAUUUUCAGGUGUCAUUCUAUUUAGGAUAUUUAUUUGAAAACAAAUUUAAAAUUUAAAUAUUUAGGAAUUUUUUUGUUAUCUGAUUGUUAAAUGUUGAUCGGAUUUUGUAUUUAAAAAUUAUUAAUGAUAGAGUCAAUUCGCGGAAUAAAUAUAGAUAAAUGUAUAAUUCAUAAUUUAAUAUAUUUUUUCAUAUUAUCAAUUUUUUAAUUCUACUUUCUAUUCAGAUAGAUGUAAAUAUUUACUUAUUUCAUAAUGCGUUUAUGUAUGAUCAAUUGGCUUUUGUAUAUUUGUUCAUUUUAAAAAAAAAAAAAUUAAAAAUCAUCUUUUUAUAUAAGAAGACUAUUUCUUUCUUUUUUUAAGUUGUAAUGUAUAUUAAAAAAAUAAAUAUCGGUAAUAAAAUAUA